GCGGGCAUCGAGUCAACUGGCAAGACUGCGGGCAUCGAGUCAACUGGCGGAACAGCGGGCACCGAGUCGUCUGGCAAGACUGUGGGCACCGAGUCGUCUGGCAAGGCUGCGGGCACCGAGUCGUCUGGCAAGGCUGCGGGCACCGAGUCGUCUGGCAAGACUGCGGGCACCGAGUCGACUGGCGGAACAGCGGGCACCGAGUCAUCUGGCAAGACAGUGGGCUCCGAGUCAACAGGCACGACAGUGGGCACCGGGUCAUCAGGUAUCGGAUUGUCUGGCUCGACAGCGGGCAUCGGGUCACCAGGCAUCAGGUCAUUUGGCUUGCCAGCGGGCACCGCGUCAUCUGGCAAGGCAGUGGGCACCGGGUCACCAGGUAUGACAGCGGGCUCUGAGUCAAUUGGCACGACAGCGGGCACUGGAUCAGGUACCGGAUCAUCUGGAUCAACAGCGGGCAUCGAGUCAACUGGC